AGAGAGGAAGAGAGUGUGAGAGCUCCUCAGUUGCCUUAGCAGCGCAGCCUCAUUCCUCCACAGUCGGGCUUCAGUCCGCUGUACUGCGCGCUUCACGGGGCUUCCCUCACGGCUCCCCAUCAGUUAACCCUGUCACACUCUGCCUGGUCUCCAUUUAUUCCACCGUGCUCGAGAUUUUAAAAAGAGAAGAAGAAGAAGAAGAAGGAGAAGAAAAAGAAAAGCAAACAGAACUCUGGGCCGCCUCCAAGUUUCCUAAACGCCCCUUCUCCGGCUGUUAUGAAGGAAAAGGCGGCGGGCUGAUCGGCUCAGUCACUCAGCGCAGGUGUGAAACCAGAAGCGAAGAGAGGAUGGCUCUGCGGCCGGGGAACGGGACUGUGACGGAGUGGGGGAACCUCAGCGUGGAAGUUAGCGACUACAACGUGAGCUGCACGAACCGCUCCGUCCUCAGCAAACCCGCCAGAGCCAGAGAGAUGGACUCCUUGCGUAUUUUGCUCUACUCGCUCAUCUUCCUGCUCAGCGUCUUCGGCAACCUCCUGAUCAUCGUGGUCCUGAUGCUAAACAAGCGCAUGCGGACGGUCACCAACUCCUUCCUGCUGUCGCUGGCGGUCAGCGACCUGAUGAUGGCCAUUUUCUGUAUGCCCUUUACACUCAUCCCCAACAUGCUAGAGGACUUCAUCUUUGGAGCCACCAUGUGCAAGAUUGUCACCUACUUAAUGGGAGUCUCCGUCAGCAUCUCCACCUUCAGCCUGGUGGCCAUUGCUAUCGAAAGAUACAGUGCCAUCUGUAACCCACUGAAAUCCCGUGCAUGGCAGACCCGAUCUCACGCCUAUCGUGUCAUCGCUGCUACCUGGGUGGUGUCAUUGUUAAUCAUGCUGCCCUAUCCAGUGUUUAGUACCCUCAAGUCUUUCCCAAGGCAUAAUGGUACUGUGGGCCGCAUGUGCCGCUUGGACUGGCCCAAUCCACAAUCUGAGCAGGCCUGGUACGUGCUGCUGCUGCUCAUUCUGUUCUUUAUCCCGGGAGUGGUGAUGAGCAUAGCCUACGGUCUGAUCUCCAGAGAGCUCUACCGGGGCAUUCAGUUUGAGCUGGGCCAGAGCAAGGAGGCCACCGCCCAGAAAAAUGGUGUAGAAAGACCUUUGACAGGGCCGAAUGACGAUGAUGAUGGCUGCUACAUCCAGGUAUCCAAAAAGCCCUCCUCUUCUGUCGAGCUUCCCACCCUCUCUGCCUCAUCUAGCACCGUGCAGGUCAAGACUGAGCGCGCCCGCAGCAACACCUCCGAGGCUAAGCUGCAGGCUAAGAGGCGCGUCAUCCGCAUGCUGAUGGUGAUCGUAGCACUCUUCUUCAUCUGCUGGAUGCCCUUGUUCACAGUCAAUACCUGGAAAGCCUUUGACAUGAAGUCUGUCACCAAAGCCCUCUCGGGAGCACCCAUCUCUUUCAUCCACCUCCUGUCCUACACAUCGGCCUGUGUCAACCCCAUCAUUUACUGCUUCAUGAACACACGUUUUCGCAAGGCUCUGCUGUCCACUUUUGCCUGCUGCGGUCGCAACCGUCUCUGCCGCAAGUGCUGUUGGUGCAGCGGGAGGGAAGGUGGGGAAGACGGCAUUAACGCCACCUCCAUGGGCGCAUCGAUGGCGACCUCAAUGUCCAAGUUCAGCUACACCACUGUAAGCACCACCGGCACCUGCUAAGCCUCGAGGAGGGCCGGGUGGUCGCAUCAGUGGCUGUGGUUACAGUGUAUGUGCCAUCUGUUUUAUUUUUUCCCUGUUUAAUCUUCUGUUUGUCACUCUUAUUAUGGUGUGAGUCAUGUGCUGAGUAAUAUUCAUGCCCUUGUUUAGAGGCCUUUUUCAAAGGUCUUCUUUAAAUUCUUCGUGCAUGGUUGCAGAAUGUGAAGUUUCUUUUUUGGUGACAUUCUUUUACUCCAGUUUAACUGGCAGCAUCUGCUUUGUUGCAUCCUGAAAAGAACAUCAAGUGCCUGUGCUCUUUGUGUGGCUUUGUUUGUUCGCUAGCUGGGACGGACAUUUUAGUGGGAAAACUGUUGAAAUAUAAAUUCUGUGUACAUAUUAUACUGUCUUUAUGUUCAGAGUUUACUUAAGGUGAACGUUUUGAUGGAGACAGACUGCUAAAUAAUGAAGACCUGCUAACCUACAGCAUAUGGAAGGAUUUUGGUUCCAUUUUUGUUCGUCUUCAGUCAUUCAGGGCAUCUCUUUCUCUGGUGCCAGUAUUAUUAUCAUUUUAUUGUUGUAUUAAUUAAUCAUUGAUCUUAUCAUUAAUAUUAAUGCUAUUUUAUCACUAAUCUAUUUAUUUAUGAUUUUCUUCCACUUCAUAUUAUGGCUUUUGAAUGAGAACUACCAUAUUUGGCCACAAGUAAAAGUUUUAAUGGAAAUGAAGUAAAAUAUUGUUUUUUCCCCUUAGGAUGACAUAAUUGAUCAUUAAUUAAUUAUUGUGUUGUUUCGGAUAAACCGGGUAAAUGUUUUCCCCACUACACUUUCUUAUACUACAGAAAGGAGAAAGGAACACAAGUUUUUAAUCUUUCUAUGUAAUUAAAAACCUCAAAGUGUACAAUAAAUGGCCCCAAAAAUCCAUAUCUCUUCAUACACUUACUAAUGUGAGAGCUUUAAUGAAAGAGGUGAGGACUGUUUAUUCACUUAUUCUGCUUGUUUGAGGACUGGUGGUGAGUGCAUAUCAGAAAAUGUGAAUCUGCCUGAAAUCUCUGCAGCACAAACUGCAACAGUUGGGUUGGGAAUAUCUAGCUAGUUUCUCUUUCUAACUCACCAAAUCAAAAGCAGCUACUGUAGCGACUCAGCAGCAGUUUUAGAGGCUUUGCGGCACCUUAGAGGUCAACCAUUCUCAUGUUUAACUAAACUAAAGCUUUACAUGUAUAAUAUAUAACCAGCUGUUUAGAAGGUGACACAUAGAGAAAACACAAAUGUUUGGUGAAAACCUUGCUAAUAGCUAGCAAGAAUGCUAUAAUGUAAAGCUGAUCCUUCAGGGAAACAACGGUAUGAGAUGGUCGGAGAUAGUUGAUGAAUGCAGAAGUUCAGCUACCUGCUAAGAAUGAAAGGGGAUCUGUUAUUCUUUGCCUUACUUUAUGUCAUAUGUGUAAUGUAUUAAUGGUUGUUGUUCAUGUGUAGCAAAGGGUUAAAAACUGAGGUAAACAUACAUAAAAUUAAUCGCUGAAAGCAGAAUGCUCAAGCUGCAAACUGAAGAGAAAAUGAAUAAUUUAUAUUAAAAAAAUUGGCAGCUGACCACCAAAUGGAACAAGAAGGAUGUUUACAAAGCACUGGAUGCUGCCUUUGAAAGCUGGCCAAUCAGAGGAAACUGGGAAAGCAUAAGGCAUAAAAAAACAUGAGAUAAAAUGCCCCACAAUCUAGCUUGGAUAAUGCAAAGCUAUAUCUGUGCAUGAGGAUAACAAAAAAAGAUUGGUAAUUAGAGUAAUAGGUCCCCUUAGCAGAAACAUGUUCAACGGGAAGCAGGAGAGGAGGGAUGUGCAGAAUGGGAAAUGUUAAUAGCUUGGAAAGUUAGAAAAGUGUGUUUAUGUGUUGAAAUUGCUCUAGAAAACUCUUUGUUCAGUGUUGUAUUGUACAUGCGGUCAUGCUGUCGUGUCCAGAACUGAAAAUUAAAUAAAAACUAAAUGAAAAAAUAAA